GAAACAACACACACGAAAUAUCAAUCAGAAGUCGAAUAAAUAAUUAAAAUAAGCAUAAAAUAAAUUGCGUUAGUCAAGUGUAAAGAGUAAACAUGGCCAACCUAUUGGAAAAUCAAUUGUUCAAUGCGGCCAAGACAAUCGAACAGCAAUUGGACCAACAACUGGAUCGCUUGGAUAAUCUCGAUUCGGAUGAUUUGAAGGUUCUGCGAGAGCAACGGCUGCGAGAGAUGAAAGAGCUGAAUAGCAAGAAACAAGAAUGGAUCAGAAAUGGUCAUGGUACCUACUCGGAGCUGGCCGAUGAAAAGGAAUUUUUCGAGAUGUCAAAGAAGUCGCCAAACAUUGUCUGCCAUUUCUACAGAGAUAGCACCGAACGUUGUCGCAUUGUCGAUAUGCAUCUAAAGAUCUUGGCCACCAAGCAUGUGGAGGCGAAAUUUUGCAAGGUGAAUGCCGAAAAGACACCGUUCCUUACUCAACGUUUGCGCAUCAAAGUCAUACCCACAAUUGCCUUGGUGAAGGAUAGCAAAACGAAGGAUUUCAUUGUCGGAUUCACCGAUUUGGGUAACUGUGAUGAUUUCUCCACGGAAAUGUUGGAAUGGCGUAUUGCCCACUCUGGUGUGAUUGAGUACAAGGGAGACCUGAUGCAGCCGCCAGAUGUUAAACGCAAGCCUUAUAUAAAUCGCGCACAGAAGACCAUACGCGGAGGCUACGAUUCAGAUGAUUCCGACAUUGAUCUCGAUGACUAACCUAUUUUUUUCACCUACACCCACACCCUUUCUCCAUUAAUAAUAAUAAUAAUAUUAAUUAUAAUGAAAAAUGGAAACAUUUAAAAGAAAUUCCCCAUACGCAACACACAAAGACACUGAAAAAUCAAAAAACAACCUUAGCACAUGAAUGUAAAUCCAAUUAGGCAUACGUUAGCGUUAUUUAUUUAAUUCCUCUUUCCGAUUCUAAUUUAGAUUCUGAGAUCAAAUGAAACAUCGUAGCAUAUAAGUAUUAUCCCCAAACCCUAACUGCCCCUCUACCAUUAUGUUGCCUCGAUUUGCAUUCGCCUUUGGCACAAAGUAGUUUUAUAAACUCAAGCUCGCUCGUAAAACGCAUCUGAAACUGCUAGAAGUUGAGGACCUCAAAAACCUGGCCUAUGAAACAUACAUAUAUAUUUUUUAUUAAAUUAUAACAAAGACAGAGUUGUAAUGCAUUUCCUAUGGUAGAAAUAACUAACACAUAUGUACAAGUUUUUAUAUUUAUUUUUGUAAUUCUACAAAAAAAAAAAAAAAAAAGCAAACGAAAUUAAUGACAAUUAUAUAAAAAAUGAUAUUAAGCUGCAUGUUCUAAACGCA